GGGUCUAGCUCGUACCAAGCUUCUUUUUCUCUAUUUAUAUUCCAUCAAUUCUUUGAUCAUCAGAAAUUAAACCAGAAGGAAGAGAUGGAGCAGCAAAACGAGUGUGAAAGAGAGAUAGAAGAGUGUAUCCAACUCUUUUGUCACCCAAAUCUUCUCGAGCUAACAUGCUCAAAUAACCAGACUCAUGACACAGUAACUCCACCUCCAUGUACAUACUGCAGCCUUCAACCCUCCGGAUGGAUGCACAACUCCAGGCUCUUCAACUUCACCCUCCACAUGCCAUGCACGAGGCUGCCUUCAAUCAUUAAACAUCCAGCCCAUCCCAACCACCCUUUAACCCUCUUCCCAACUUCUGCUUAUCCUACUGUACGGUUCACCUGCGACAGCUGCUGUCUCCGGAUUGAUGGCUUCUGCUACUACUGCAACCAGUGUAACUUCCAUUUACAUGUUCUCUGUGCUUCACUACCUCCAGAGAUCAACCAUCCAUCCCAUCCCAGCCACCCACUUUCCCUCCUCCAAACCCCUGCUUACCCUAGCGGUUGGUUCUCCUGCAAUGGAUGCCGCAUUCCUGGCCACGGUAGGUGGUACCACUGCCGUCACUGUAACUUUGAUUUACAUGUUCUCUGUGCGGCACUGCCUCCACUGAUCAACCAUCCAUCUCAUCCGAACCACGCUCUUUUCUUCACUCCAACUUCUACUUACCCCAACGUAGUGUUCACCUGCAAUCGGUGUCGUAAUCGGUGCCAUGGGUUCUGCUAUCGCUGCCACCACUGCAACUUCGACUUACAUGUUCGCUGCGCGUCACUGCCACUUUCACCCUCACACCAAUCUCAACCUCAGUCCCUUGGGAAUGGUAAUGGAGGAAUACAGCAUUUGAACCAGUCCAAUGGGCACAAUGGAGGAGUAGGAAAUACCGUAGCCUCAAGUGUGAUUUCUGAUAUAGUCAGUGAGGUUACUCAGAGCAUUAUAGAUGCUCUCAUUGGUGGAAAUAAUAAUUGAUGUGUUUUUAACACAUCAAUAUCUAAGUUAAUUUAGUCAAUUCAUGUUAUAUGUAUAAUUGUAUUUUUAAAUUUAUUUAUUUUUAAUUAUAAAUUAAAAAGUAAUAAUUUUUUAAUAAAUACAUUAUUUUGUA